GUUUCCAUCAAAAAAUAAUAUAACCCAUAGAAUUGAUAGGGUUUCCACAUGAAAACUUUUCUUUUCAACGCAAUAUAUCGAUAAAGUUCAGUCCAAAAUCUGACAUCCGAGUAGCCUUUGGGACUUUCAAAGUUAAAAGUCAUUCGAUUUGGCCUGAACUCGUCCCAUUUCGGAAACCUCUGUCCAGGACUACACAUACAAAAUCGUUUUGAAAGCAAACAUAUUUUGUAACUAAAGUAGACUGUGCCAUUUCCAAGAUUGAAUUUCAUAGGAUUCGUCGUGCCAUAUCUCUAUUCAGUUUGGUAUAACGCCUGAUCAGGUCGACACACAAAAACUUUUGUAAAUAAAAUUCUAAUCAAGAUGCCACACAAGAAAUUUCCUAGAAUGUCGCAAGCGCAGCUAAAACUUUUGAUUAAGAACCAAAAUCAAAAUUUGGAGAAACCGACGACUAUACUCGAGCCGCCAAAGUUCAUACAGCAGCCGCUGAAGAAGAAGAAGUGGCCAAAGACUGAGGCAUCUAUCACUCCUGGGCCAGCUGGUAGGGAAGAGCUGCAGCACGAGCCGUUGCAGCAGGAAGAGCUGCAGCAGGAGCCGCUGCAGCACGAGCCGCCGCACCCAGAGCUGCCUCAGCAAGAGCCGCAUCAAGAGCAGACGCUGCAGCUUGAGAUGCCGCAUCCAGAAUCGCAGAAGCCGCUGCACGAGAAGCCUCUGCAGGAGGAGCCGAUGCAGCAAAAAUCUCAGAAGCAGAGCAACAAUAACGAGCAGCUGCCCCAGGUGAGCAACCACAAGCAGCCUGGCAGUUCCCAGCAGAAAUACUACAACUUCUUGGAGGAUACCAAGCAAGGACUUCUCAAGUUUCUGGAUUUGGGCCAGCCAAUCACUAAGAAGAAUGAUCCGGAAAAGCCAAAGAAAUAUCAUACAUCUGGAUAUAACCAGGACCGGAAUCAGCCGACGGUAUCUCCACAGCCAUCCAAUGAAUGGCGGCGCAACAGCAGUCCGGAUGAUAUCCAGAAGAAGCCAGGGCCCAGCACCUCAUCGUCGGACAAAUUCAAUUGGCCAAAUGGAGAGAAGAUUCCAUCCUAUGAGAAGUUACGGCAAACUGCUUGGGAAUUCUUCUCGUAUCCUGCUUUUCAACCAUCUGAGCCAGGGCCCGCGUCCACGGCCACCAUAACACCCAAGAUCCGGGGCGUUACUCAACCUCAAUUGGCCACAACCAUGGAUGUGGUUUCACUGGGCUCAAGCCAGGCAACACCAUUGGAUCCCAGCGUCCUCAAUAUGGCCUUUGAGACCUUCUCGUUUAUGGAUAUUUCAGAAAGAGAACACCAGCCCGGUGAGCCAAGCCGACCACGAGGAUGCACUGUCUAUGAUGCGAAUAUGUCUGACCAUAUCCAAUUGACACCGGAGCAGAAGAUUCGCCUUCAAAUAGCUGUUACCCAGAAGGAUAUUCCGCUGCAGGAAGCCCUUAUGGCCAUUGCCGAGGAGCUUCGCUCUGAGCAUCUGAAGCCACCGCCGGCGGAUGAGCCCCCCAUUAAACAGCAAUAUCCAUCAUCGUCUUCGUCUUCAACUUAUGCUGCUUCAACCUGUCCAACUUCAUCUUAUUCAUCUUCAACUUAUCCAUCUACAGCCUAUCCUUCCUCAACUUAUUCUUCUUCGAGCUAUCCUGCUUCAAGCUAUACUUCUUCGAGAUAUCCUUCUUCAAGCUAUCCAUCCAAUCUAUCUUCUACCUAUCCCCUAUUAAGCUAUCCAUCUCCAAGCAAUCUAUCUUCAACGUAUCCAUCUUCAACCUAUCCAUCCUCAACCCAUCCAUCCUCAACCUAUCCAUCUUCAAUCUAUCCAUCUUCAACUUAUCUAUCCUCAAGCCAUCCAUCUUCAAGUACUUCGGAUAGCUACUUCAGUGGCGAUCAAGUUCAGCCAGUGCAAGGAACCGCAUCCCAGGCAGAGUACGGCUAUACAUCUCAGCCAGUGUAUGUCCAUCAAUCCCAACAUGGACAUCGCUACCAGUCCCAGCCAGGGAAUAGCUAUCCACCUCAGUCAGAAUAUGGUUAUCAAUAUCAGCCGAGCUAUGGCUAUCUGUCUACGCUGUCAGGCAAUGACGAUCACUUUGAUGCUGGCUUUGACUCUCAGUCCUAUCCCUACACUCAACCGACGGCCAUGCCCGUGCCUUUGGAUUUCAGCCGUCCACCGACUGGUUAUCCGCAGCAGGAGGAUCUCAGCGAGCAGAUGGAACAGGCGGAGCUGGACUCAAUGGCCAUUUAUAUGUUUCCGGACUUAAAUGCCAACCGUUCUAGUCGCUAGAGCUGUGAAAAACUGAUGGAAAAAAGAAGUACUGUCGCAAAAUAUAUCAUUUUUGAUAAUAGCCACUAUCACCGAAAGGAAAAUUGAUAGCAUUGCCCCCCUAUUUGGGGGUUUUGUAAUGUAAACAACAGACACCUUGAAUACAGCAGAAUAUAUUUCAUUUUUCAUCUAUUUAUCAAUAAAGGAAUGUUUGUAAUGUAGAAAA